AUGUUGUGCUGGGGAGACAGUUCGAGUGGACAGUUUGGUCUAAACUUUGAGAAUGUGUCUGUUCCUAUAGCAGGGAAUAUAUUAUCUGAUAAAGUCACAGAAAUUGCUUGCGGGGAGCAACACACUUUAUUUCUCACGGUAGAUGGCAGGAUCCUAUCAUGCGGGCGCAACUCAAAGGGACAACUUGGCAGACAGAAGAACAGAGAUUCAAAACUACCAGGUAAAUCAUAAAUGAAUGCUAUCGGAAUAUGUAGGCAGAAUUUGCAGAAUAAGUGCAGAUUAUAAUAAAAAUCUUAUGUAGGCUAAUUUGAAAAAAGUGCUACUGGAAAAGUACGUUUGUUUGACUCUGAAUCCGUUUAUUCUUUUUCAUCACUACUACAAAUAUUUUAGGGGUAUUGUUCAUAAUGUCAGAUGAUAGAAUGUUUAGUUUCUGCUGAGUUUAACGACAACUUUCAGAAACUGACAUCCCUCAAUAAAACUACUGCACAAUAGGCGCUCAUGGUUUGGUUCCAGUUUCGUUUCUCUCAAAAUGUUGCAAUGUUUCUAGAAAUACAAACUGGGAUCGAACUUGACGUCAUCCUCAAGAUGACUCGGAUAAUGAUUGAUUAACUCCUUCAUGCAUUAAAUUACAUCGUAUCAAUGUUCUGGCAUUUAACCCUUUGCAAGACAAAAUAUGACUUCCAAAUGUAACGGUGUAAAAUCAAAUCAAAUCAAACGUUAUUCGUCACAUGCGCCGAAUACAACCUUACCGUGAAGUGCUUACUUACUUGUGUGUGCGUGUGUGUGUUCUACCCGUUUCAGCGCCAGUGGAGGGUCUGGCGGGAGUGGUCUCUGUGGCUUGUGGUCAGGACCACUGUGUAGCUGUGUGUGCAUCAGGACAGGUGUACUCCUGGGGGGCAGGGGGGGAGGGACAGCUGGGCAUCGCCCCUACUACUGUCUCCAAAGUCCCCAGACCAAGGCAAGGAAACCUCAACUUCAACUUCAAAUAGAUCUUGAAAGUUAAAUAUCCUCCAUGAUUUACAUUGUCAAGUAAUGAGAGCCCUCUUGGAUUCCACUGAUCACUAACAAAGACAAUAUGUACUAGAUAUCUCAUUUUUUUUCUUCUACAGACCAGUUCCAAUACCUUCGCCCUUGCCAAUAACAGUGAUACAGGUUGCUUGUGGAAAUUCCCAUUCUUUGGCCCUGACUAAAGGUAUAACGUACUGUGCCUUUUGACGUAGGCCUACUGAUGUUUGUCUCACACAGACUACAUUCCAUCUAAAUUAUGAUAACCACAUUGCAUCAGUUAGACUACACUUCAAACCUAAAAGGAUUAUUCAGCUGUCCCCAUAGGAGAACCCUUUGGAGAACCCUUUUUGGUUCAAGGUAGAACGCUUGUGGGUCCCAUGUAGAACCCUUUUCUCAGAGGGUUCUACAUGGAACCCAAAAUGGUUCUACCUGGAGCCACAAAGGGUUCUGCCUGGAACCAAAAAGGGUUAUCCUAUGGGGACAGCCGAAGAACCCUUUUGGAACCCUUUUUUCUAAGUGUACCUCAAAAGGACAGUGAGAUGAUAUUUACACAGUUGAUUAUGAAAGAAUCUAACUCCAGAGUUAUUGUUAUGUCAUUGUAAUGUAAUAUGUGAUUUCUUUGUCUUCUACAGGGGGACAGGUGUUCUCAUGGGGUCUGAACAGCCAUGGACAGCUGGGCCUGGGGAAGGGGGUGCCUCUGCAGCCCAUACCUGCCCUGGUGCGCUCCCUCACUGGGGUCCCAGUGACCCAGGUAGCAGCCGGAGGAACCCACACUCUGGCCCUCACCCUCCCAGGCCUGGUCUACUGCUGUGGGGCAAACGGGGCUGGGCAGCUGGGACUCAACCGUGUGGAUGAGAAAGGUACUACGGCACACUCUACUUCUCUUCGUACGCUACUUGUAUAAAAAGCUAAUCAGGCUUAUCCACCAGCAUUUUCUAAUUUGAACUUGGAUUCCUUUGUUAUAACCACUAAGUGAUUUUACAGAUGUCUUAUAAUGAGUGGGAACAUUGCACUGUAAGUAUGAUGCUUGUUCCCCCUGCCAGGCCGGUACAACAUCUGUGCAGUGCCUGCUCUCAGAGUCUUGGGGGUUUCCUUCAUCAGCUGUGGAGAGGCACAUUCUGCUGUUCUCACCAAGGUAUCAUACUAUUACUGUGGAGAGGGACACUGCUGUUCUCACCAAGGUAUCAUACUAUUACUGUGGAGAGGGACACUGCUGUUCUCACCAAGGUAUCAUACUAUUACUGUGGAGAGGGACACUGCUGUUCUCACCAAGGUAUCAUACUAUUACUGUGGAGAGGGACACUGUUGUUCUCACCAAGGUAUCAUACUAUUACUGUGGAGAGGGACACUGCUGUUCUCACCAAGGUAUCAUCCUAUUACUGUGGAGAGGGACACUGUUGUUCUCACCAAGGUAUCAUACUAUUACUGUGGAGAGGGACACUGCUGUUCUCACCAAGGUAUCAUACUAUUACUGUGGAGAGGGACACUGCUGUUCUCACCAAGGUAUCAUACUAUUACUGUGAAGAGGGACACUGCUGUUCUCACCAAGGUAUCAUACUAUUACUGUCUUUUUACUGAAGGCUCCAAGGGAGAUGUUGGUGUGAAAGGAGACAAAUCUGACGGCAGGUCAUUAAGUUGAGAAAAAGUACAGUGGGCCCACUGGGAGAUAGUUCUGCACACAAAGUCAGCAACCUCUCAAAGAUACAAUUAUCACAUAUUGGUAAAUAUAGCCAGUUAUACAAAAUGACCUUGAACAGAGGUUAAAAACAAGUCAUCAAGUGUCUGGCGGGUGUCUGGGAGAGAGGCUACACAUUUAACCAUACAAGUCAUCUGAGAGCAUGAAUACAAUCUCAUACUAAAUGUGAAGUUACAGUUUGGAAUAUCACAGGUUAUACAGAAUAUGUCCUGAUUAUGGCUUUUAAUACAGAUCGAGCCUCAGGGCUACCAGGGUAAAGGUCAGUCCAGUGUGUCGACCCUUCAAUACUAUUAUACUGUCUCUUUAAGAAGUGAUUAGGGCCCUGACCUGACCACACCAGGAACAACUCUGGGCUUGACUUGUCAACAACUGGUUCUGGUUCUUUGUGGUCUUUAGAAUGGACAGGUGUUCACCUUUGGAGAGGGAAGCCGAGGCCAGCUUGGGCACGACGCAUCAGCUAACGAACUCAUACCCAAACUGGUGGAGGGCCUGGAUGGACUGGUCUCACAGAUAGCAUGUGGCAGGUAAUGACCAACAGCAUAAUGUUACUCGUACGCAUAUAUACACAUAUAAUAAACAGAUAGGAAACCAAUAUUGAACAUUCUCAGUUUGACUGUGUUUUUGUCUUACUGUAACUCUGCCAGCCAUCACACCCUGGUGCUGGGGUCCUCAGGUCAACUCUGGGCCUUUGGCAGUGGGGUCAAAGGUCAGCUAGGGACUGGCAACACAGAGGGCAGCUUGAGACCCACCUCAGUGCUGCUGAAAAGGGCUUCUGGUGGGGCAGCGACAGUCAUACACAACGGUACCGGAUACAAUGUCUAUUCUAUUCUCUUCUAUCUUCUAUUUGAUUCUAUUCAAUUAUAUUAUGCAUCUACAUACUGACUAUGUAGUGUUUGAAUGACUGAAUAAGAACACAUAACGAGACUUGAUGUCCCUACAACCUCUUCUGUACAUUUUUCUUUUUUUUAUCAGACAUGAAGAUAUCAGUGGGAUGGAAUUCAAACUUCAUUUACACCGCUGAGGUAAUGUUUCUGACCUUUUAUACCUCAAUAAUAGGAAGACUGAAACAGUCUAAAUGUCUCAAGCAGCUAAUUCAUGUUUGAGAUAUUUGAAUGUAUUAUAUUGCUUUAUCUGCCUUUGUAGAGUUCUGAAAGAGAACAGCCAAUCGGGAGGUUAGAUGAAGCCAAGCUGAAAAAAUGGCUGACAAUGGAGCAAGGAAAUGCAGAGGCGCAAAGGUUCUUUGUUCGUUUUUUUUAUUUUCUAGCUAACUCAAAAUGAAAUAAACAAAUAUUUAUUGUUCAGUUGUAUUUUUUUAUAAUUAUUUUUAUACAAUUGUAUUUUAUAUUUUAGAAUAUAUACAAAACAUACACAUACACACAACUACAUCAUACAAACAUCACUACAUCACACCUGCCCAGACCCGCUAACCCCCACCCCUAUCUCCAGCACCCUUAUCACUUUCUGCCACAUGGCCUCAAACUGCACCAUUUUGUUUGUCUCCGUCGCCCAUGCUCUUUCAAUUUUCAUAUAAUAAAUCAUUUGACCUUUCCAUUGCAUGAACAACAGAGGAUUGGCUGAUUUCCAGUUGAGUAUACUUUAAAAAAAAAAGAUAAUUGAUGAGAAGAGUAUUGUCCAACCCAUCGGGUAUGUCACUGCACCCUGCAGUUGUAUUUCUUAUAGUAUAAUUGUACUGAAACAUCAAAUGUGUCCACAUUUGUUCCAACAGAGAAAUAUCCUUGAUGUUCUCAACAAGUUCAAGUCUUGUGGCCAGUUUCACCAAAGCCAGGUAAGCUAUUUUAAAAUGGAAGGUUUGGAUAGUUUAAAGUGAAAACUGUAUGUGUACCAGGGGUAGGGGUGUAAUUAUCACGACUCAGGAUAUGACCCAGAUGCAGACACAGGAGGUGGAUAGUACACUUCUCAAUGAUAAUUUAUUAGAACACGGAGCAGGCAAAGGACAGGUCGAGGACAGGCAGAGGUUCGUAAUCAGGUCAGAGUCAGGCAGGUACAGAACGGCAGGCAGGCUCGGGGUCAGGGCAGGCAGAGGUUCGUAAUCAGGUCAGUCAGGCAGGUACAGGACGGCAGGCAGGCUCGGGGUCAGGGCAGGCAGAAUGGUCAGAACCGGGGAAACUAGGAAAUAAACACUUGAGAAACAGGAAAACAGGAAAGCACGCUGGUAAGACCUGACAAGACGAACUGGCAACAGACAAACAGAGAACACAGGUAUAAAUGCACUGGGGAUAAUGGGGAAGAUGUGCGACACCUGGAGGGGGGUGGAGACAAUCACAAAGACAGGUGAAACAGAUCAGGGUGUGACAGUAAUGGUUCACCAAACCCACAGUUCGGGAUGUAUUGUGGUUUUGGGGUCACAGUUCGGUUUUCGGUUAAGGUACAGCGGAAAAAUGAAAUUCCAACAGUUACUGUAGUUAUUUUUUGUUUAUUUGGCAAAAUACGCUAAAUUAAAAAGCACCCUAUUUGUGGCCCAAGUCCAGUUUCAUUCACAAUGUUCCUGGCAUUGUCUGUUGUGACAGAGAUUGUUAUGUUGGGCCUCAAGUAGAGGUCUAAAAAGUUGGACCCGUUCUGAAAUGGACCUGGGGCUUUCCCACCUGUAGAAAUAUGCAUAAAUACAUUUUUCAAUAUAGAGACCUGUUCCAAACGGACCCGAGGACGACCAGUUCCAUAUAGACGUGGUCAGAUCUGAGUGAGGGAAGCAGCAGAAAAGUCCAUUUGUAAGCUAUUUUAUUAACCAGAGCUGAUACAGCGCGAGGGAGAGCAGGCGGAGUAAUUAUUUGCACUAUAGCUAUUUAUGGCAUUACUCCAUAACGGCUAAAUUUGAACACAAUGUUAUAUUAGAUGUUAUUUCUGUUUGUAUUUUUGAAUUUGUUUUGUUUUACCCCAUAUGUAACCUCUGUGUUGUUGUUAUCGCAAUGCUUUGCUUUAUCUGGCAAAGGUCGCAGUUGUAAAUGAUAACUUGUUCUCAACUGGUUACCUGGUAAAUAAAGGUGGAAAUAAAAAAAAUAAAAAAUAAAAAAGGCGGAGGAGGGGCCUUGCGGUGUGUGUACUGUGAGUGAGUGAAACGGGAGCAAAGAGGACGGUGGGAGAGGCAGCAACCAACCGAGCCAACUUGCGCUAGUAGACUAGCUUCUAGCUUGUCAUAGCUAGGUUAUUUAUCAUCCAAUAGAUCAGCGGUACCUAUGACUGCAUCAAACCGAGAGAAGCUAGUUAGCUAGCCAGCUAGCUAGGCUAAUUCAGUCUGCGAAAAAAUAUUGCAGUCAGAUUGCAGUAUAACUGCAGUACACUGCAGUAUAACUAUAAUUAGAAUGCAGUAUAACUGCAGUAUGCUGUAAAUACUGCGUCCAAAAUAACACAGUUUUUUUUUACUGCAUUAAUUUUGCUUUAUAAUAUUGCAGUUAUUCUGCAAUCACUGUGUUCAAAAUAACACAGUCAACUGCAGUUACUGCACUUUUACUGCAGUUUCAAAACUGCAAUCUUUUUUUGUAAGGGUAUACAAAGCCCUCACUGUCACUCAGAAACUUAUUCCAGUGUCUGCCUGCCUGCCAGCUGAAAAUCUUUGCCAGUGUGUGUCUGUGUGUGUGUGUUGUGUGUGUGUGUGUGUGUGUGUGUGUGUGUGUGUGUGUGUGUGUCUGUGUAGACUACCUGGCCCUCCCCCUCCCUCCGAAGUAUGCAUACUGACGUUACAGGCGUAAUUCCGAAAUUAGGGAGAGAGAUUAUUAAUUAGAAAACAAUGGAUUAAAUUUUUCAAUGCUAGUUAAGGAUACUAUAGUUAUCACGUUUCACAUUAGAUUUAUUAACUACAAAAAUAUGUGUUUUUAUUUUAAUUCUGGUGCCGCUCUGCACACACAAGCUUGUUAGCUGGCUAGCUUGUUAGCUAGCUCUGGUCUAGCUCUCAAACUCUAGGCGGCAUUAUAUGUAAGGUAAUGGAACUGAGAGUCAUGAUCAAGGGCUAGCUCUGGUCCAACGUUAGUUAAGCCAACUCUCUGAAGUUCAAAGACAUUCAAAGUUCCUUCAAUAGAAGCCAAUCCUCCAUAGGUAUAAUUAUGUGGGCCUAAUUCAGAUAAUGCAUGUCAUGUCAACAAGAUGCCCAGUGCUUCAUGCCCAGCACUCUCCUCACCCGCAAAAUGUCAGUCGCAUGUCGCACCCUACACUACACUUGUCUGUCCAAUGAAUGUACAUAGCUUGUCCGUUCCACAGCAAGCUGCUCUAUCCGUUGGUGAAGUAAUUUAAUGUAAAACAAAUGUAGGUUUCAGAGGUUUAAAAAGGAACAGAAAGGAAGAAUAUAAACUGUUACUUUUUUUGGGGUUCGAACCGGUUCAGAACUUUAUUUUGCUGGUCGGAACAGUGGAACGGAACAAAAAAAAGAAUGGUUCUGUUCAGAAAGAAAUGAUUGGACAAUUAUUUUGGUUCCAACCCCUGAUGUGUACAGUUAGGCCUAUGUUGUGUUCUUGCUAAUGCUAUGCCCUCUGUUUCUUAUGACCAGUGAGAUUCCACAAGCAGCCAGAGCUUUGACAGUGGACCUAGAGGCUGCUAGCCAGGUUUUCAAACAGCUACUGAACAUACCUUGGAUUAGGAAAUCGGUUAAGCUCAACUAACUCUUUAAACCCAUAUUUUAAAUGAAUAAAUAUUUAGAACAGAACUAAAUGUUACUUUCCUAAUUUCUCUGUUAAUUUUCUAUAUAGGUAAAUAUUGAGCCAUUGGUGGACAAUAUUUGCAGUUCAGCAGCUGUCAUCAAGUCACCAGAGGUCUUUAUGCUACUACCCACAAUCCCUCUUCUCCAUGAGGACCACAGCGUCAUGAAGAUGGUCUUGGCUUUAUCAAUAGUUAUCGUUGAGCAUCUGAACGACACGGCCAUAAAAACAUUAAGUAUAUAACCUCUGACCUUGUCAGUUUAUUAGCUAAUUUAGCAUCAGUAUCAUUUUACAGAAUUGUAUUAUAGUAGAAGCAUAUCUGACACUGUGACACAUAACCAUAUAUUAUAAGAUAAUAGUUUUUUUCGUCAGGCAAUAUGAUGGACAUAUUUUGUACUUUUGUACUCUUGUACCAUCUUAUAGAAGAGUGGUGGUCCUCAAUGGAGACAAACAUCAUGACUAAGCACAUUCUGAUGUGGAAGAAUGCCUUGUCAUUCAUGCUGAGGAACGGUCUUCUGGUUACCCACAACCCCGGAGUCAAAUUCCUGCUGGAAACCCUCAAGUACCUCCACAGAGUCAGUGUCUGUGUCAAUCAUUUUAUAAUGCUCCUGACCAUUUUCAUAAGUUGCUGUAUCUGUCAGUAUUGUUGAUCAUGCCCUAACAUACUAUUUGGAUGCUGACAUUACCUUAUAUCAAAGGCAAACAAAAGGGCCGGAAGAACCCAGAAAGUUCCAGCCAGUACCUUUUAUGUGGAAGAGAUCAACAAUAGUGUUAUUCCAUUGGCGGAUGUGAACCUUUGGCGUUUUUGGUCAACUAGGGAGGUAAUAAAAUAACCAAAUCUGUAAAUUACAAAAACGUUAGAAUGAUAUCAAUAUGGUGGAUGUCAAUCUGGUUUCACUUGUCCAGUUCUUUCAGUGCAGAUUGAAGGAAUGAGACAAAGAGAGGGAACCCAUUUAGACUAUUGAGAUGCACCUUCAGUUUUCUUUUGUGUCACUUCUAGGACACGCAGUCAACACCUGUCAUCUUUUGCCGUUACCCAUUUGUGUUGAAUCUGAUCUGCAAGAUGGCAAUUUUCAACAAUAACGCACAUUUUACAAAGGUAUACUGUAUUAUUCCACUGGCUUCUUUAUAUCCUUUUAUUGAACCCAUGUUUUCAAGUAUACAAUAGCCUACACAGUGGUUUCCAAAGACCAGUCUGUAUACCACUCUAAAUAGACCCUGGAGCUGACCCUGUAUAUAGCUUACUUACUUUCUCGUGUUCUUAUUUCUAUUUCUUGUGUGUUUUUGUUCUACUUUACUUUUUUAAAUGUUUUUUACUGAUAUUGAUUACUACAUUGUUGGGAAAGUGCAAGCAGGAACUGCACUUCACUGUACUUGUGCACGGGGCAUAAAACAAACUUGAAACUAGUGUAUAUUUAUAUAUUGCAGGAGGUUCACAAACUCGCCCACCUGCUGACAGUGAUGUGUCCUUCUGGAACGUCCCGAGACAACCCAAACUCAACCCCUGCUCCAGUCUUCCAGCUAAACCUAAGGCGCCUAUCACUCAUCGAAGACACCUUCAGACAACUGGGUGCUGCAGAUCACGAUUACUUCCAGAGAGAACUUGUGGUAAAAUUAUGACAACCAGAAUUAGGAAGGACAAAUGUUGAAAAAAGCUUUUCGCAAGACUACAAGACGAUGUUAGAACUCAACCUAAAUGUACCUCUUAUGCUUUAUCCCUCAGGUGCAGUUUGUGGAGGACAUGAAGCUGUCGCUCGUCAACAUAAGGGACUUCUUCCUCCAUGUGUUUGAUGAGCUGUUGGCACCAGAGUCUGAGAUGUUCAUGUACAACGACACCAAGACACUGGUCUGGUUCCCUGCCAAGGUAAGAAUUUGAAUUAGGGAAUUGCGAUUUCAUUACUGUAGAAUAAAUCACUGCACUCUCAAGCAAAUUAAAAUAGAUGAGUAAUGGUAUGGUGGAAUAUUCUAAAAACAAUCAAAAUACAUUUAGUAAGUCCAUACCAAAAAUCUUCCACAGAGAUGCAACCACUAAAGUAGUGCCACUAUCUACACUGUAUCAAUCAAUAUAGCAUUGUGUACGUGUAUAAUCACCAUCACUCCCUACUCUCCCCCUGAUGUACCAAGGUUUUAUUAUUAGUUUGGCUGUCUUGUACACAUUCAUAGCUAAAAGCUGAAUUGCAGUAUACAGACAAAAAAAAUACAAAAAAAGGAUAUAAAAGUUAGUUGACGAAGAAAGAAAAGUAUCUAGUCUUGACAGCUUGGGAUGGUGCCUGCUCUGGUUUAUUCUUGAUCUCUGCCUUGGCUCAUGUGCCACCUAUCCUUACUACCAGCCCAGAGUGGAGGAGAAGAGCUACUUCCUGUUUGGUGUCUUGUGUGGCAUGGCCCUGUACAACCACAACAUUGUACACCUGCCCUUCCCUCUGGCCCUGUUCAAGAAGAUGGUGGGGGUCAAGCCCUCACUGGAGGACCUGAGAGAGUUUGAUCCUGUUUUAGGAAGGUAGGUUUUGUAUUUUAGAAUGUACAUUUUAGCAUUGAAUUGGUAUCCCUUAGAAAUUGAUUACAAUUUUUCAACAACUAUUUAUUUUCAUUGUAAUUGAAGGAGUUUGCGGUACCUCUUGGAGGACUACACUGAUGAUGAUGUUGAAGAAAACCUGGACAUGACCUUCACCGUAUGUAUUGCAUUCAAACUGUUUGAUUGUUGAGCAAUGAAAUAUCACUAGGUACAGUAUGUGAAAAGUUGUAAAACUGUUUAUUUUCAUCAGGUGAUCUGGGAUGACUUGAAGGUGGAGCUUGAUCCCAAAGAAACAGGAAAACCAGUCACAAGUUCUAACAAGUAAGGUUACAGCAACAUUUAAUCCUACAGAUGUAAGAUCUGAAUCUGAUCACUCUGUUGCAGGAGAACUUUCCUGCAAUGCAGAACAUUUUAAAAGUGUAGUAAAUAUUUGAGGUUUAAAAAGGCUUCAGACUUGAUUUUCCCUUACGAAAAAUGUAUUAACCCCUACAAAAAUGUCCAUUAAUUAUAAUCCACAUAAUAUAAUUCACAUUUCCUGUUGCUGCAGGAUUAUUUUCCGGCUGUAGCAAACUGGCUCACAUUUUAGAAGUUAGAAGUUACAACAAGCAUGCUUUCUGCUUGUUCUGUUUUCUGUGUUUACAUUUUUUAAUUAAAAUACCAUUCAUUCUUUGACAGGAAGCAGUUUGUUGAUGCCUACGUGAACCUCGCCUUCAACCAAUCAGCGGAGAAGGUGUUUGAAGAGUUCAGGAGAGGCUUCUUCAAGGUGUGUGACAGAGAUGUGGUGGAGUUCUUCCAGCCUGAGGAGCUCAGGGGAGUCAUGGUGGGGAAAGAGGACUACGACUGGGACACGCUCAAACAGGUCUAUAGAAAUACAACCAUCAUUCAUUUCUCAGUAUGGGGCUGGGUGCUGACUUGAGAAAUUAGGGCAUAAAUCAAUCAAUGUGUUGAUGCAUUUAUAUCAAUGGGGGAUUUGCUUUGAUGUUCAAGUUAUGGGUAUGUAUCUCAAAUUAGGACUGGGACUAGGAGAUAAUGUGCUAUACAUUGCCUAGCUGUACAUGGUGCUUUGUGACAUACUGUAUGACUUUGAGUGGUGAAUCGUUUAAAUGGAGUGCGAGUUUAAUAUUGUUUAAUUAUUGCUGCCAUUUGUUUGUUUUUUAUAUAUCCAGAACACUGUGUAUGAUGGAGAGUACCAUGCCAGACAUCCCAACAUCGUCACAUUCUGGGAGGCUUUUGAGGAACUGACAGAUGACCAAAAGAAAGCUUUCCUCCGUAAGUAUGGCACUAAAUUGCUCUCGGGUUGAGUAAAACUGGAGGAACCAAUCAGUCUUUCAUAAUGCUGGUUUAGGGUUUUGUCUGCAUAUUAGAACUUCCUGUUCUACAAGAGCAUUUACAAAAAAAAUGUGUCUGAACACAUUUGACAUUUUAGUAAUUUAGCAGAUGCUCUUAUCUAGAGCGACUUACAGCAGCAAUUAGGGUUUAGUGCCUUGUUCAAGGGCACAACAGCAUAUUUUUCACCUAGCCUGCUCUAGGAUUUGAACCAGGAACCUUUCGGUUGCUGGCCCACUGCUCUUAAUCGCUAGGCUACCUGCCGCACAACGACAUUCACUAUAUUUCUUCCCAUUCUGUCUACCUUUCACGAUCUCUCCCCUCCUUCUCAGUGUUCCUGACGGGCUGUGAUCGCGCUCCCAUCCUGGGCAUGGACAACAUCCAGAUGACUGUGGCAGUCCUGCAGAACUCUACUGAACUACAUUUCCCAGAAUCCCUUACCUGCUACUUCCUACUGUUUCUGCCCAUCUACCCUUCCAAGGAGAUGCUGCUGGCCAGGCUCAAAGAGGCGGUGGCCCACAACAGAGGCUUCUGGAAGGAGUAACGGACAGUAUAUAUAGGCUACUGCUGUGUUCAUCAUUUCAUUCAAUGUGUUUCUUACAUGUCAAUACAUCUCUUCAGUUUAGCACAGGAUUUUGAUUGUGUUGAUAUAGCCUUCAUCUAGGUUCAGAUUUUACACCUUUUUUUAAAAACGUUUAAACCUUGGCUUUUUCAAGUUAACAUUUUAAAAUUGCAAAUGUAUAGGCUAUGUAUAGGUUUACCGUGUUAUUGGAAAAAACAAUCCUUGACUUAGUCCCCUAAUUUUGAAUGUGAGUUAUAAAAAAAACAUUCUUAUUCAGUAAUAGACAUUCAAGAGCCUACUUAUGCAUGUUGUCUCUAUUGAUUUAUUUUUGAAUUUUAUGUAAUUCUACAUGGGAACAUCCUUUUUUCCUGGACACAUGUCUGCAUCAUCGUUUGACAUUUAUGUCUGUAUCUUGUGUUUUAUUGACAGAAUAAUGAUUUAUGUAUCUAAUGAAUACAGAUAUUAGUUUCUCCUGUGUUUUCUUUUAUCAUUGAGUAUUCCCGCCGAUGCAGAGCAGUGGUGUGGUUUCUCCAACAACCUGCAUAACCUUCCCAGCUAGCACAUAAUGUUCUGAGAACUAUACGUUUCUUAGAGCAUGGCGAGCGAUAGCGUGGUUGUUUUUCCGCAGGCCUACAAAAGGGGGGUGGACAGCCAGUUUUCCAUCCCUGAUUUAAAGUCAUGUUCUCAAAAUAUUAAGAAAACUUUCCAUAAAAACCACAAGAAAACAUUGUAAGAAUGUUAUUUAAAAACAUAUACAUUUCUCUCUCAGCGUCAUCAAAACUCUAUCCUCUAUCUUGUUAAGUUUUUCAGGUGUGUUGGCCGCACCCACUAAUCUUAACAAGUGCUUGUUUCCUUUGAAGGAGGGUCUGUUUGAAUAGACUAAAAGGAACAGCAUUGUAUGAGUUAAAAAAAACAUGGCAUGGUGCAGUGGACUAAUUCCAUGGGUAGAGAGCAGACGAUCAUCAGUUUGAAUAUCACUGACACCAUGCCACAUUAAAAAAAGAAAUGUGUUUGCAUGAUUAAUACCUAAGCAAAUUAAUUUCCAUUUGUCCUAUCUGUGCUUGGAGUUCAAAACAGUUAAACUAAGCUAGCAGUGUUAUUAAAAGUCUUAUUGAAACAUGUUCUCAGAACGUUAUUUAAUUACCCUCAAAUAACCUAUAAUUUAUGUUCUCAGGACAUUAAUAAAACCUCCCAAGAAAACUUUCAGGGAACCAUAGAAAAACGUUCUGAAAACUUCCCUGCAACCUAAACAAAUUACGUUCCCAGAACAGGCGAAAUUUUCACUUCCAUUCUCCGAAUGUUUAAAACACGUUCAGUUUUAACCGUCAGGAAACAUAUAGUUUCGUUCCCAGAACCAAUGGCAAAGCAAAAAUGUACAUGCUCACAACUGCCAAGGAACCAAAUGUGCUAGCUGGUGUUUGUUUGUUUAAAAUAUGUUAUUUACCUAGCCGCUGUCCCACUGCAGAUGUGCCAGCCUGAUAUUUUAGUUUACUCAGGCCAUGCCCAUUGUGAAGUUUCGUUUUCGUUUCUUGCUGUGUUGCUUUUACAGUUAUGCCAUAUGGUGUCGUUCAUCACUUUCAGAACGCACUGACUCCCAGGGCGCAGAAUGACCGUCCUGUGUUCCAUCAAGAUUAGCUGAUUAUGGACACGUUUAGAAGGCGAUAAUAAUAACACAUUUAUAAUUUUUUCGUGGGGAGAGAAUACCCGCGAUGGCUUUGGUUUAGUGAAGUAGAAUGGUUUGGUAAAGACGAACACUGACAGUUGCGUAAAUUUCAUACUCACGAAAUCUCCAAUUACGCAUCUAUCUGCAGGUAAUAAAGUGGUCGUGUUUAUCAGAAGUACAAAGAUGGGAGAAGGGUCACAUGGAAACUGAGUAAACACCUUUCCUAUAUGUUUUCCCGCAGGUAGAAAAAAGGGUUCCAAAGGGUUAAUCGGCUGUCCCCAUAGGAUAACACUUUUGGGUUCCAGGUAGAACCCUCUGUGGAAAGGGUUCUACAUAGAACCCAAAGGCGUUCUAUCUGGAAACAAAAUGUGCUUCUAGAUACCACUUUUUUUCUAAGAGUGCAAAUCCCACCUCUUUACUGAAGUGAUAAAACAUAUAAUUAUAUAUUUUAUGGCCCAGUGCAGUCAAAAACGUGAUUUACUUGUGUUUUAAAUAUAUUUCCACACUAUGAGGUUGGAAUGAUAUUGUGAAAAUGAUGAGAAUUAGUUUGAAAAGACCUCCUGAAAUUUCUGCCUGUUUUGGUGGGAUGCAGCUUUGGCCUUUCCAUCACCAUGUGGUAAAUUAUUUAAUAGACCAAUAAGAAAGAGAGUUCCAAACCUCUUUGCCAAUAACAGCUCGUUUUCAGUUUACCCCUCCCCACUCAGACCACUCCCAAACAGUCCUAGCCAAAUUCUUGUUUGAGAAAUUGCUCUUUGCUAAGAAGGAAUUUUGUAUAAUUUUUUAUUGAAAACAUUCAGAGUAAGGUACUUAAUUGUUACCCAGAAAUGAUUUGAUAUUGAGAUAAAAAUGGCUGCAUUGGACCUUUAAUAUAUUUCAUUAAUAUUUUGUGUGUAGAGGGUGUGGAGUGCGGGGAGAAGAUGGUGGCUCUGAGUUGCGGAGAUACCCAUGUUGUUUUACUGUCUGAAGAGGGAAGAGUUUUCUGUCUUACCUCUGCCUUCAAUGUUCCCAGGUAGGCCUUGACAGAAUGACACAUCUCUAUGUAGGCCUACUCACACAAUGUUUUGAUGCAUCUGUCAAUAUUAGCAACUGAACAUAUUGAAAUGGUCGCUUUUGGUCUGUCUGUUUCUCUUGUGUUUUCUCAGACCAGUGGGUAACUUGAAUCAGGUAAUUCAGGUUGCAUGUGGAGACCAGCAUUCAAUUGCACUAACCCAAUGUAAACAUCAGUUUCUAAAUUGCUCAAUUUGAGACGGGAUAUGAUAGGAGGCUGUCUGUGCUCUAUGAAUGUCCUUUAUACCAAAUAGUGUCUGUUCCAGAUACAGAUAUCAACAUGAGAAUACUGGAAGAGAUGGAGACCCGCACACAGUCCCCCCCAAAAAACGAUGUAUGAUUGUGCAGAGAUUCACGUGACUUACAGUACCAGUCAAAAGUUUGGACACACCUAUCUUCUGUAUACCACCCAUACCUUGUCACAACACAACUGAUUGGCUCAAACACAUUAAGAAGGAAAGAAAUUCCACAAAUUAACUUUCAACAAAGUUAAUUGAAAUGCAUUCCAGGUGACUACCUCAUGACGUUGGUUGAGAGAAUGCCAAGAGUGUGCAAAGCUGUCAUCAAGGCAAAGGGUGGCUACUUUGAAGAAACUCAAAUAUAAAAUUGAUUUUGAUUUGUUUUACACUUUUUUGGUUACUACAUGAUUCCAUAUGUGUUAUUUCAUAGUUUUGAUGUAUUCACCAGUGGCGGCUCCUGAAAAAAUUCUCAGGAGGGGCAAUUUUUCUGAUGAUUUAGGUGACCUACACACAUUUUAAAAAAGAUAUGUCCAGCAACAACAUGAAGACAGGGGCAGCAUAUAAGUCAAUACCAGAAGCAUUUAUUGACUGAUCUCAAAAGUGUUGGCUUACCAGGGUUGGUGGAGCCCUCAGUUUCAUCUUUGCCUCGCAAAGCUAACUCAAACACUCCGCAAAACUUCACACACUGGAUUAGCCGGCUGAGGAUGUGGCGGUUCUUGCUAAUGUCGUAGUAAAUAUAUUUGUUAUAGUGAAUAUGGAAUAUGAUAUGUUGAGUAAAAUGUUGUGCUAAGAUCUAUUUAGGUCAGGAGCUGGUUAUAAGUUAUGUUCCUAUCCAAUAACAAUGGACAAAAGGGUCCUAUCUUGUCAGCCUUGUCAGCAGGUGGCCAAGGACAACACCCACGCCAUAGGCCUCUCAGUUCUUCCAACUCACGAGUUCUUGCUCUGAGGACACACACACACACAAACACACACACACACACAUCAUCACUGUUAAACACACACACACACACACACAUCAUCACUGUUAAACACACACACACACACACACACACACAAAAAUCCCCUCUCUUAGGCUGAACAUUUGAAGACAGAGAACCCGACUCAGAGCCAAUGCAACAGUGACAGUAGCCUGCAGGGGACCUCGCCCAACUCAUCAGGACCAAUCAGAAGAUCAGAACUACUAGAUUGAACCUACUUCAUUUAUUGCAUAAAAUGUCUGCACACAAUGUUUCGGGGCUCUCUUCAGAUAAUAAUAAUAAUAAUAAUAAUAAUAAUAUGCCAUUUAGCAGACGCUUUUAUCCAAAGCGACUUACAGUCAUGCGUGCAUACAUUUUUGUGUAUGGGUGGUCCCGGGGAUCGAACCCACUACCUUGGCGUUACAAGCACCAUGCUCUACCAGCUGAGCUACAGAAAGUGGAUACUCAUGGAUGCGCAUUGCAAUUGUAAAAUGUCAACACAAUUGGAGACACCACGUCAUUUUUGGAGACAUGUUAUUGACAGUAAACUAUUGUAGAUGCGACUGCUAACUAACUAAAACAUUUUAGCUGGCUAGCUAAUCAUCUUAGCUAAAUGUGGGGCAAACAAUUCAGUUAUUUACCGUUAAUUUGAGGGAUUGGGGUGAAAGAAAUCGAGUUACAUAGUGAUACUUUACGAUAUACUGUAUUGACAAUAUCGCAAUAUUUUAGCGCUAGUUGGCUGUACCUGCACCAAAACACCAUUAUUGUUCCUUCAUAGCUUGUUCUCAAUCUUUUCACAUUGGGAGCCAAUUUGUUUUCAGCACUUUUAUUUCCAUGACUGAUCAAAACUCGUUCUCAUGGCUUUCUGAUCCCUCUGCAACAGACAUAUGGUGCGCAAUAAACUCACAGUAUCGAAUCGCAAUACGUAUAGAAUCAUGAGACUCGCAAUGCUGAUGCAUAUAUCUUAUCGUGAGGUUCCUGGCAAUUCCCAGCCCAAGUUCAUUUGCCACAACAAAUCUCUUCGCUAGCAAACGCGAUGUCUUCUCCAAAACGGCAAUGUGUCUCCAGCAAUGUUUACUUUUUUGACGUUCUAUGGCAUCUCCACUUUCCAAGCAUAUAUGACCACAUGUAAUAUUUUGGUAGUGAUGCAAAUAGUGAACUAUGUAGGGCCAGGAUGUAAAAUAUAUGUAGCUGCAGCAAUUUCUCUUAUCUGAUAUGGUAAGUAAUGGGGCUUAAUUUAUAGCUCCCUAAGAGUUUGACGAACGGGUCCGUGAACGCGAUUCCAGAUAUAUUUACCUCUGAAUAAACUGCCUUUAUUACACCAUAUCCACAUCCAGUAAACUUGUGAUUAUCAACACUAACCUCAUCGUUGUGGCGGCGGACAGCUAGCCUGUAUCCCUCGUCAUCCAGUUGAGUGAGUGGCAAUGUCUUUUUUCGUUCGUACCAAUUUUUGGAAAAUCCUCGGGUGUAGGACUUUCCGCCUUUAGUAGAAACCUGUUGAAUUAUUAAAUUUGGUCUGGGAGGUCCUAAUUGUUUCGUUGCCAAUUUAUCUUAAUUUGUUCGCCGACAAAAAGGAACUUCUUUCAAACAAUCCACUCUUUUCUCAGUUACGUUCAUGGUUACGUAACGUAUGACGAAAGCGCGUAAGUGCAAGCCCACAGACACCCAUUGAGAUUGUAUUGAAGGCUCUGAAAUUUGAAAAAAAUAGAUUUUACAUGGGAGUCUAUGACAGAAGUUCUGGGCGAUUUUCAAUCUGACUGAAAUCGCCCCAAAAGGGGGUGGAGCCAUUUGAAGCACGACUUUAGCCUGAUUCGACAUUUAGUGGCACUGUGGCACUGUGGCAGAUCAGACGUAUAGAUUACAACACUGAUAACUACUGUUGCAGUGAUAUAAUUGAUUAGAAAAAAAAUCCCUUCCUUUUCCCGUUUGGCAGUGCGUCGCCCAUAUCGCCCUAUUGAACAGGCCGUCCCUGGUAUUCACUAUUAUUCUACAUUGUAGAAGAAAAACCCUGAAUGAGUAGGUGUGUCCAAACUUUUGACUGGUACUGUAAGUCAUGUGAAUCUCUGCACAAUCAUACAUAGUCAUACAAAGAUCAAUGGAUGUAGCUUGUAUGGUAAGAUCAAUCUUGGAGUGUCACUGGGUAUGUUCUUGGAUAUAUCCAUUUUGGGGGUCAUUCUUAGGGAUCACAGUUGAUUUGUGAUUUUUCCUUUACCUACAAUCCUGUUUGUCAAAUUAGAAGCCACACAUUAGUGUUUGUGGGCUCCUUCCAAAACAUCUACUAAUUUGGGCUUGGAGAGCAAGGGCAGCUGGGAAAUGGAGUCAAGAUGGACCAGUCUGUGCCUCUGCCAGUACAGCUAUCACAGGGUAGUUAAAUAAUUUAUUUUCCUCUGCCUCCUAUUUGAAACUCAAUACAAUACUUAAGCAGAAAUGUUAGUCUCUGAAAUGAUAAAAUGACAGGUCUAUAACAUCAUAACUCUUUUGGGUAACUUUCAGACCGCAUUGAUGACCAGCAAAUUGAACAAACCUUUGCUGGAGGAAACCAUUAUUUGUCCUUGUGCAGCUCUGCUCAGUUAUUGCGUUUACAGUUAGUUUGUUCUGAGUUAGUCCUUAGUACUUAACAUUGUUUUAAUACAGUGCAUCAAAUUGUUAUUACAGGAAUCAGGAAAAUUGUGGAAUGACUUCCAUGUUGAAAAAGUGACUCAGACAUUAGACAAUGACAUCAUUGACAGAUGGAUCUUGCAAUGCGAUUCAAAAUCAUGGAAGAAAAUAAAGAAGUAAGUACCCUACAUGACCAAAAGUAUGUGGACACCUGCUCGUCGAACAUCUCAUUCCAAAAUCAUGGGCAUUAAUAUUGAGUUGGUCCCCCCUUUGCUGCUAUAACAGUCUCCACUCUUUUGGGAAGGCUUUCCACUAGAUGUUGGAACAUUGCUGCGGGGACUUACUUCCUUCAGUCACAAGAGCAUUAUUAAGGUCGGGCACUGAUGUUGGGUGAUUAGGCCUGGCUCGCAGUCGGCAUUCCAAUUCAUCCCAAAGUUGUUCGUUGGGGUUGAGGGCAGGGCUCUGUGCAGGCCAGUCAAGUUCUUCCACACUGAUCUUGACAAACCAUUUCUGUAUGGACCUCGCUUUGUGCAUGGGGGCAUUGUCAUGCUGAAACAGGAAAGGGCCUUCCCCAAACUGCUGCCACAAAGUUGGAAGCACAGAAUCGUCUACAAUUUCAUUGUAUGCUGUAGCGUACUAUGCAUUCGGGCAGUUAGCGUUCUCCUGGCAUCCGUCAAACCCAGAUUCGUCCGUCGGACUGCCAGAUGGUGAAGCGUGAUUCAUCACUCCAGAAAACGAUUUUCCACUGCUCCAGAGUCCAAUGGCGGAGAGCUUUACACCACUCCAGCCAAUGCUUGGCAUUGUACAUGGUGAUCUUAGGCUUGUGUGCGGCUGCUCAGCCAUGGAAACCCAUUUCAUGAAGCUCCCGACAAACAGUACUUGUGGUGACGUUGCUUCCAGAGGCAGUUUGGGACUCGGUAGAGAGUGUUGCAACCCGUUCUGUGAGCUUGUGUGGCCUACCACUUUGUGGCUGAGCCAUGGCUCCUAGACGUUUCCACUUCACAAUAACAUCAUUUACAGUUGACCGGGGAAGCUCUAGCAGGGCAGAAAUUUGACAAACUGACUUGUUAGAAAGGUGGCAUUUUAUGACAGUGCCAUGUUGAAAGUCACUGAGCUCUUCAGGAAGGCCAUUCUACUGCCAAUGUUUGUCUAUGGAGAUGACAUGGCUGUGCGCUCGAUUUUAUACACCUGUCAGCAACAAGUGUGGCUGAAAUAGCCGAAUCCACUAAUUAGAAGGGGUCACAUACUUUUGUAUAUAUUGUAGGUAGAGAAGGAUACAAAUAAACCUCGUCCCCAGGCUCAAUACAAAUAAGCAACUCAUGAUGGUUGAUAAUUGGACAAGGCAACAUAAACAUACAUGAAAAGAUGAAGGUCUCAGGAACUUACAUACACUGAACUAUAAGAUUCUUCAGUUUUAUUUUCAGGAAAAUCACAAAAACAUUAUCUUCUGCGUCAUGUUUAAAUGGGAGCUUCCUGGACAAAAGGUAAAAACUCACUGCCUAUCCAUUAAUGUUUUAUCAUCACAUUAUUGAAUACUUUUUGUUUUAUUGUUGGAUAUGUAAUAGUAUUUCUUGGUCUUAUUACUCUAGUUGUGAUAAACAUUGCCAAACCUCACUGAAGCACUCUGGCCGGGACUUGUCACUCGCCCGACUGGCUUUUCAAAAGCUUGCAGAAAAGGACAAAGUUCUGGCUGAGGUAUUUUUUCAUUUAUUAUCUUUAUGAUCAGAUACUUAUUUUCAAUACUUCUGUUUGUUGUCCUUGAUAUUCAACUUGACCACUCAAUAAGUCAUUUAGUUGUGACCCACAAGCACUCCUUUCAUGGUUCUAGGUUAAAGAAGUCGUCCAGCACAUACUCCUUCCCUCCCUGAGUAAGGAUCCCAUUGGGGUGGAGGGUCUGAGGGUGUACCUCAUCAUCCCUGAGCUCCUGAGGGUUCUCCUAAAACAACAACGUGGCAUAGACAUUACUGAGGCCUUCGCUGCAGCCAUCCUCAGACUGAACCCAGACAAGCUCCAGGUCCUUGGUAAAGUCACCAUCCAUCGAUACACCUCUUGUCUUGUCUUGAUUUUUUAGAUACAGGAGGUCGUCUGUGUGCUCUUGUAUCAACUGAACUCAAGGCUAAUUCCAACAGAGGGCCUAUGGUCGACACUGUCAGAUUCCUUCUUCCGAACGGUGGUGAAAUCAUUCCACACAGUGUCAGCAGAGUACCUUCAGCAGAUGGCAGUUAAACGAUGUGAUGGUGGCAAAUCAUUAAAGAAGACUUUUGGGGUUCUGCAAAGUCUUUAUGAUGUGGGUAUUAUUUGAUAAUUUAAAAUAUUGGUCAUGGCCCCAAAUCAUUUUAAGUGUUCACAGCACUGCACAUCAAUAUACUCUCUUGCAUGUAGGCGAACAGCAAGAGACACAGAAUAAAUACAGUCAACACUUUCCAUAUCAACAAAGUCAGUUCUCUCUUUCAGUCUAAGCUGGUGUGUACAAUACAGUGCAUUUCAUACACAUUUCUCCAACAAUCAUUUUAUGAAAAACCAUGCAAUGUUUUAUUUCAGGUCCUGCAAUACACUGCAUAAUGUCUACUUAGCAUUUUCACCUCUCUCCAAACUCAGGUAGAAGACUUAAAUUCAGAACUUACAGAGCUGGUCUGGGAUCUCUCAUGGGAGGAUGACACAUAUUGGAUUGGAAGUGAGAGAAUAUCGAGCACAAUAAAAUCUUAUAAGGUAUUUAUGUUAUUUUUCAAUCACUAGAAACAUAUUAGUAUUUUAACAUAACAAAUACCUACGUAAACAAAAUAUAUAUUGAAAACUGUCUUGGGGAAUCGACUACAACCAAGGUAGUUGGGAAAUUAUGUGUCACGAUCGCCGGGAAGAGAGGACCAAUGCGCAGCGUGGAAUGUGAACAUACUUUAUUUAUUAUUCACCACACGAACUAAACAACAAACGAUACGAAACGUGAAGUCCGUGGUUACAACACAAACCAUACGGAACAAGAUCCCACACAUGACAAUGCCCAAACGGCUGCCUAAGUAUGGUUCCCAAUCAGAGACAACAAGCAACAGCUGAUUCACGUUGCCUCUGAUUGAGAACCACCCCGGCCAACAUAGAAACACAAGCACUAGAAUAUCACCCUAGCACACAAAACACAAAGAAACAACACACCCUGGCUCAACAUAACAUAGUCCCAGAGCCAGGGCGUGACAGUACCCCCCCCAAAGGCGCGGACUGCGACCGCGCCAAACAUAAACCGAACAGGGGAGGGCCGGGUGGGCAUUCCUCCUCGGAGGCGGUUUCCGGCUCCGGGCAUGACCCCCACUCCCUCUCUAACCCCCCAAAGCGCCCCUGGUCCGGUCUGGCCAUGCUGGCCGGAGCUGGACUGAACACUGGUGGAGCGGAUUGCUCUAGCUCCGGAGUGGAGCAGCUGACCGGUGCCGGACCAGGCACCGGUGGAACAGGCACGGGCUGUGCCGGACUGACGACGCGCACCACAGGCUUGGUGCGGGGAGCAGGGACGGGCCAGACCGGGCUGACGACGCGCACCAUUGGCUUGGUGCGGGGAGCAGGGACGGGCCGAACCGGGCUGACGAAGCGCACCACUGGUUUGGUGCGGGGAGCAGGAACAGGCCGGACCGGGCUGACGAUGCGCACCAUUGGCUUGGUGCGGGGAGCAGGGACGGGCCGAACCGGGCUGACGAAGCGCACCACUGGUUUGGUGCGGGGAGCAGGGACAGGCCGAACCGGGCUGACGAAGCGCACCACUGGCUUGGUGCGGGGAGCAGGAACAGGCCGGACCGGGCUGACGACGCGCACCAUUGGCUUGGUGCGGGGAGCAGGGACGGGCCGAACCGGGCUGACGAAGAGCACCACUGGUUUGGUGCGGGAAGCAGGGACGGGCCGAACCGGGCUGACGAAGCGCACCACUGGCUUGGUGCGGGGAGCAGGAACAGGCCGGACCGGGCUGACGACGCGCACCAUUGGCUUGGUGCGGGGAGCAGGGACGGGCCGAACCGGGCUGACGAAGCGCACCACAGGCUUGGUGCGGGGAGCAGGGACGGGCCGAACCGGGCUGACGAAGCGCACCACUGGUUUGGUGCGAGGGGCAGGAACAGGCCGGACCGGGCUGGCGACGCGCACCACAGGCUUGGUGCGAGGGACAGGAACAAGCCGGACCGUACUGGGGACACACACCACUGGCCCUAUGCGGGGAUCAGGAACGGGCCGGACCGGACUGGCAACACACCCCAGUACCUCUCGCCGUGCCUCUACAUCCUCCUUCCCCCUGGUGACCAGUGACUCCCGUAACCUGGCCGGCCUCCUGCUGCCCCGUCGUCCACAAUUUCUGGGCGUCUCUCCUCCCCGUGGGCCAGGCCUCCAUGGCUUUCGCCAGACUCUUGCUCCACUGCUCCAAAGUCCAGCCUCUCUCCUCCUCCCGCGGCUUGACCCAGUCGAGGUUGAUAUCCUUCAGAGUCACCUCUGGCGUUGGCUCCUGGACACGCUGCUUGGUCCAGUUAUGGUGGGAUCUUCUGUCACGAUCGUCGGGAAGAGAGGACCAAUGCGCAGCGUGGAAUGUGAACAUACUUUAUUUAUUAUUCACCACACGAACUAAACAACAAACGAUACGAAACGUGAAGUCCGUGGUUACAACACAAACCAUACGGAACAAGAUCCCACACAUGACAAUGCCCAAACGGCUGCCUAAGUAUGGUUCCCAAUCAGAGACAACAAGCAACAGCUGAUUCACGUUGCCUCUGAUUGAGAACCACCCCGGCCAACAUAGAAACACAAGCACUAGCAUAUCACCCUAGCACACAAAACACAAAGAAACAACACACCCUGGCUCAACAUAACAGAGUCCCAGAGCCAGGGCGUGACAUUAUGCUAGGUUGUAUUUUGAGUGGAAUAUCCCUUUACAUUUCCCACUUUAGGACAACAUAUUAUACCUCCUGAAGAACUACCCCUGUAUCCUGGACACUGAAGCCAAAUGUACAGUGUGGAUGUAUGCAUUUGAUCAGAUCAAAGUAAGUACCUGCAUUUUUUUAAACUACACUGUAAAAAAUGACUAUUUUGAUCAACCUAAAAAAAUUGCAUCAACUGGUUAAAAGUAAAUUAGUUAGGUUUUCUCAAUUGGAAAAAACAACAACAUUUGUUGAAACCAAAUAUAUGAUUUAAUGCCAACUGUUAUAUUUGAUUAUUAAAAAACCUAUAUUUCAAGUUGCAACCUAUUUCUUUCAACACUCAACUGACUUUCCUCUUUGGUUAAACCUAAUAAAUAACAUUAACACUCACUAAUAUACUGUAUAUAACCCAUUUUAUCAUGUUGUACCAAGUAGAUUUUUCACUUUGGAAAUAUCUAUCCAAAUUUAUUCACUUGGGUUACAAGCAAUUACAUCCAUUCUCUGUUAAUCAAGAUAUUAAGAUGGUUCCAUAACAUGAAAAAUAUCUCCAAACAUUUUCACAUUAACUGGUUAUAAUAUUGUAACCAAAUGGUGACCAUCUCAGUAGUGGAAACCUUUCCAGACUCUUUACUAUAACAGUACUUACACAGAUAUCAUUCAAGAUUCAGUGCUGGCAGUGAGCAUAAUUUAAAUCAUUAGCAAACAAAAAAGAACAGAUUAACUGGAAUAACAUUCACUCUCAUGGAUGGCCAAAAAUAACAAUCGGAAAGCCACGCCCCGAAUAGUCCACGCCUCCAACUCGUCUGAUAGGCUGCCACCGCUACAUUGCGCCCCUGCUAUGUGUUGAAAGCAAUUUAGAAGCUUUCAUUCAAUUCAAAAAAUCACAUUGAUCUAUCAAAUUCGUUAUUUGAUUUCAGACUAUUUGAAUAGAAUAGGUUGAACGAACCAAAGCGUAAUAUUUUUGCUGUUCUGCCAAAGAGUUCUCUAAUAUUCACAUAACUUUUAAUAAUCGUAACCAAGUAUUAUCAUGAGGACAGUGAAUACGAUGGGUUUUGUGACGAAACCCUAAAGGUGGACCGGGAAACACGUCCAGAUGAUACCUUUCAGCAACUGCGACAAAUGACUUGCCACAUGGUGGCUUUAAAGGUAAGCGUUCUGCUUUUCUAUAUUUUGGAGAAUGUGGUAGCCUUCUGUGUGACUAUUUAGAUUAAUAAUCUCAAGUGCUCUAAACUGUUUUUGUCUCCAGGUGAAGUUUCAAGCAGAGCAUGGUGUAGAUGAAGGUGGUGUUUCACUGGAAUUCUUCAGCCUCCUGGGGAGGGAACUUCUCACAAUGGAACCAAAGACACUGGAGGUUUACGAGUCUGGACUAGCAUGGCUCACAACAGAUGUACGUUCCAUAUUCAGUUCCAUAUUGAUCCCAGAUGUAACUCAAUCUUUCCCCCACAAUUUUAUUUACUAACUUAGAAAUAUCCCAUUCUUAGAAAUGUCAAUUAUGGUACUGUUAUUAUACUGUUAAAUAUUGAAAAUAUUGAAAAUAUUUACUGGCUUGUGGCAUUGUAUUUAUUAAUUUUUAUCCAUAGGACGGCGAUAUCACUGAUGAAUUCUACUUACUUGGGCUGCUCUGUGGGAUGGCACUGUAUAAUCAGUGUGUUCUGAACCUCUGCUUCCCUCUGGCUCUCUUCAAGAAGCUUCUGGGUCUGACGACAACAUUGGAUGACCUUAAAGAGCUGUCUCCAACUGAAGCAAGGUACAAUUAUUCUGCUGAAAAAGAAGAGAGGUCCACAAUAUAUGUUCAUCUCUUCAACUGCUGCUACAGUACACUGUAAAAGUAGAAAGUCUCAAAACACCAUGAUUGUGUAAUGAAGCCAUGAAAAGUAGUGCACCUAAGCUGAGAUCUGGUGUUGGAGGGUGUUUAAAUGUAAACCCAAUAGAAGUGUUUUGAUACACAGAAUAUGUUUUAUAACAGAAAUGAAGUACUCUGAAACACCCAAAGUGGUUCUUCAACCUGAAUAUUGGUGUUUUUAAGAGUGUUGUGAAUUUUUUGGGGGGAGUUUCAAUGCAUGUAAAAGGCAGCAUCAAACACAAAAAUGAUGUUUCUCAUACAAUCACUGGUUUAGAAAUGUGAACUGUUUAUAGCCUAAAUAUUGAUUGAUGAUAAGGGCCUAUGGAGAAUAUUUUUUUGUGGAAUUCCAUCUUUAUUUUUUCAAUGCUUUAUUUAGACAGGUUAGAAACAGGAGGGGCAGUAAGAUCAAAAUAAUCAAAAAUACAAACAAAACCUCCAAACAGGGAGGAACAAAAAUACGCAUACACCCGAACACUGCUGACCUCAUGGAAAACAAUCACACACAAUAACCAAUGAGAGACAGGGGGUUAUAAAGGGAAUACAAUGUAACAUAAUGGGAAACAGGUGAAAACAAUCAAGACAAACUAGACCUGGCAUAGGAAUGAGACGGCAGGCCUUCGAAAACCGAUCCACAACGACCAAGAUCGUCGUGGUCCCCUGGGAGGGGGGAAGGUCCGUGACAAAAUCCACCGAUAGGUGAGACCACGGCCGUUGUGGAACGGGUAGGGGUUGUAACUUCCCUCUGGGCAGGUGUCUAGGCGCCUUACACUGGGCGCACACCGAGCAGGAGGAAACAUAAACCCUCACGUCCUUAGCUAAAGUGGGCCACCAGUACUUCCCACUAAGGCAGUGCACUGUCCGACCAAUACCAGGAUGACCAGAGGAGGGUGACAUGUGAGCCCAAUAUAUCAAUCGAUCGCGAACCUCGAGCGGCACGUACUUCCGACCCUCUGGACACUGUGGGGGAGUAGGAUCGGUACGUAACGCCCGCUCGAUGUCCGCAUCAACCUCCCACACCACCGGUGCCACCAGACAAGACUCCGGAAGUAUGGGAGUGGGCUCAAUGGAUCUCUCCUCUGUGUCAUAUAGUCGGGACAGGGCGUCUACCUUAGCGUUCUGUGACCCUGGUCUAUAGGUGAGCUUAAAUACAAAAUCGGGAAAAAAACAUAGCCCACCUUGCCUGGCGAGGGUUCAGCCUCCUCGCUGCCCGGAUGUACUCCAGGUUACGAUGGUCAGUCAGAAUGAGAAAAGGGUGUUUAGCUCCCUCAAGCCAAUGCCUCCACACCUUCAGGGCUUGAACCACAGCCAACAGCUCCCUGUCCCCCACGUCAUAAUUGCGCUCCACCGGACUGAGCUUCUUAGAAUAGAAAGCACAGGGGCAGAGUUUUGGUGGCAUACCCGAGCGCUGAGACAGCACAGCGCAGAUCCCAGCCUCGGACGCAUCCACCUCAACUUGGAACGUCAAAGAGGGAUCCGGAUGGGCCAGCACCGGAGCCGAGGUAAACAGGUCCUUCAGAUGUCUAAACGCCCUGUCCGCCUCAGCCGACCACUGCAGACGCACCGGACCCCACUUUAGCAGGGAGGUAAUGGGAGCUGCUACCUGUCCAAAGCCCCGGAUAAACCUCUGGUAGUAAUUGGCAAAACCCAAGAACCGCUGCACUUCCUUCACCGUGGUGGGAGUCUGCUAAUUACGCACGGCAGAAACGCGGUCAAUCUCCAUCUCCACCCCCGAUGCGGACAACCGAUGUCCCAGGAAGGAGAUGGACUCCUGGAAGAACAGACAUUUCUCCGCCUUCGCAUACAGGUCAUGCUCUAACAGUCUACCAAGCACUCGACGCACCAGGGACACAUGCUCGGCUCGUGUAGCGGAGUAUAUUAUAAUGUCAUCAAUAUACACCACUACACCCUGUCCAUGCAAGUCCUGGAAAAUCUAGUCCACAAAUGAUUGGAAGACUGAAGGAGCAUUCAUUAAACCGUAUGGCAUGACGAGGUACUCAUAGUGACCCGAGGUGGUACUGAAUGCUGUCUUCCACUCAUCUCCCUCCCUAAUGCGCACCAGGUUAUACGCGCUCCUGAGAUCCAAUUUUGUGAAGAAUCGCGCCCUGUGUAAUGACUCCGUCAUACUAGCAAUCAGAGGGAGAGGAUAGCUGUAUUUCAUUGUGAUUUGAUUGAGACCACGGUAAUCAAUACACGGGCGUAAACCCCCAUCCUUCUUCUUCACAAAAAAUAAACUUGAGGACGCAGGGGAAGUGGACGGCCGUAUGUAUCCCUGUCUCAGAGAUUCGGUGACGUAUGGCUCCAUAGCCGCCGUCUCCUCCUGAGACAGAGGAUACACAUGACUACGCGGAAGCGCAGCGCCUACUUGGAGGUCUAUCGCACAAUCCCCCUGUCGAUGAGGUGGUAAUUGAGUCGCCUUCUUUUUGCAGAAGGCGAGUGCCAAAUCGGCAUACUCAGGUGGAAUGUGCAUGGUGGGAACUUGGUUCGGGCUUUCCACCAUCGUUGCCCCUACGAAAACACCUACACACCGCCCGAAACACUGAUCAGACCAUCCCUUGAGAGCCCUCUGUUGCCAUGAAAUGUUGGGGUCAUGAGAUGUUAACCAGGGAAGCCCCAACACCACGGGAAACGCAGGAGAAUCAAUCAAAUACAAACGUAGUAUCUCCUCAUGGCCCUCCUGCGUUUUCAUCCUGAGAGGCGCUGUGACUUCCCUAAUCAAUCCUGACCCCAAAGGGCGGCUAUCUAGGGCAUGGAUGGGGAAGGGCACAUCAACAGGUACAAUAGGAAUCCCUAACUUAUAGGUGAAUUGGCGAUCGAUAAAAUUCCCAGCUGCGCCUGAAUCUACUAGCGCCUUAUGCUGGGAGUGAGGAGAAACCUCGGGAAACACAACUUUAAUACACAUAUGCGCAACAGAGAGCUCUGGGUGAGUUGGGUGCCUACUCACCUGGAAUGACUCAUCAGUGCGCUGCCUACCGCCUCGAUUCCUAGGAGACCCUCCCCAGCACCGACCAGCAGUGUGUCCUCUGCGGCCACAGUUGGUGCAGGGGACGGCCUCCCUCCUGGUCUCUCUCCUGGUCUCCCUAGCACCAGCACCUCCGAGCUCCAUAGGGGUCGGCUCGGAAGUGCUGGGGGAUGGAAUGAACGGCCCUGAAUCCGGACGUCCGCGGGUAGCCAACAGGGUAUCCAGGCGAAUGGACAUGUCCACCAGUUGGUCGAAGCUGAGGUUGGUGUCCCUGCAGGCCAAUUCCCGACGCACGUCCUCACUCAGGCUACAUCUGUAGUGGUCGAUGAGGGCCCUCUCAUUCCAUCCCGCAUUGGCAGCCAGCGUCCGGAAGUCCAGCGCGAACUUCUGUGUGCUCCUCCUCCCCUGUCUACGGUGGAAUAGACGCUCACCCGCCGCUUUACCCUCUGGUGGAUGAUCGAAUACUGCCCUGAAGCGGCGGGUGAACUCCGCAUAGUUGACAGUAGCGGCGUCUAUUCCCUCCCACUCGGCAAACAAAACCUCCAAACGGAGGAACAAAAAUAUGCAUACACCCGAACACUGCCGACCUCAUGGAAAACAAUCACACACAAUAACCAAUGAGAGACAGGGGGUUAUAAAGGGAAUACAAUGUAACAUAAUGGGAAACAGGUGAAAACAAUCAAGACAAACUAGACAAACACCGAAACAUAGAUCGGUGGCAGCUAGUACUCCGGGGACGAUGAACGCCGAAGCCUGCCCGAGCAAGGAGGAGGAGCAGCCUCGGCUGAUUCCGUGACACUCUGUUUUCAGAGGAUUGUGGAUAUUACUUUUAUUUUUAAUGUCAUGAUUAUUUCACACAAUGUUGUGUGCAUGUUUGAAGGAAGAAAAGUAUAUUUCUAUAUUAGUAUUAAACUUGUUGAGCCAUGAGGUCUAAUGGAUCAUGAUGAACGGUUAUCACAACUGUCAGGCAAAUUGACGUUCAAUGAGGACAGCACCCAUUCCCACAUUCAUGAUUGUCAAUGGAAGAGGCAAGUGCAGAAUCCUCAAUACUUGCAGUUAAACUGUCAGUUACUGAUGGCGGUUUGAACACUGUGCUUGACAGUGCCUGCCAAAACGAUGAUCAAAUACAUAAAACAAUGUUAAACAUUAAGACACCAGAUAUAAGGAUCUAAUUCGGUACUAGACAGGAUUCAAAACAUCAUAAUGGUGUUUUGAAGCUUCAGAGAGAGGAAACAACACUAAAAGAAUCAUAUCUAAUUCUGCACUAAACAGGACUUGAAACACCAAAAUAGGGUUUUCAACCUUUUCUGUUAGUGCUCCCAGUCCCUGGCAAGGUGUUGCACAAUACUUGAUUAAGUGGUGUUACAACACACGGUAGCUCAGUUGCCACUAGUUUUGGUGUUACAAAGCACUUCAUUUUAACAGUGUAGUUGUUAUUUUAGAGAGAUACUAUUAUCUCCUCAUAUCACAUUUAUACUGUUUGUUUGUUUGUUUAAAAUUAGCAGCUUACAGUAUGUGUUGGAUGAAGAUGAGGAGGUUGUUGAAGCGCUGGAUUUGGUUUUCAUGGUAAGAGAGAAUUUAUACCUUUAGCAGUUUUUGGUAGCCUCCACAGGUAACCCCAGCUGAUGCAGUAAUCAUCUCUAUUGUCUUUCAAAGGACAAAGGGCAAGAACUGAUACCAAAUGGAGAGGAGGUCCCAGUUACCAUGGUCAACAGGUAUAUUUGAUGACAGUAUUCUUAUCAACUUAUAAAUCUUAUGAAUCUCUUGAACUAACAAGAGGAUUCCACAGGAAGUGUUCUAUACUCGCACCAAACAUUGGUCUGCCAUAUGUCAUUCACAGUGUCGUGACGUGACUUUUAUUAUUGUGAUGACUAUUAUUUAUCGAAUAAUUACCUACUAUGUUUAAUUGUUACUAGAUUAAAUUAAUCAUGUAACAAUUAACUCAUCAGAAAUUUGGGGCACCACGGGAAAAGUUGUUUAAUUUAUUAAUCAUUUACCUCAUAUCAGUCUCAUUCUGAAAGUCGUAGGCUCUUUAAGUCUGCACGAACCCGGGUGUUACUGAUUAUUCCGCACCACACAAAUUGAUUUAAUUAUUUAUUUACUUACUAAUUUAAAAUGAUAACACAAGAUACAAACACGUACAUGGUAUAGGUAGGGGUUAGAAACUUAAUACAAUUAAAACGGGUCCCUAGCGGACUAACACAAUAUGUUGCAAAAGAUGGCGAGUUAAAGAGAGAGAGAGAGAAAACACUUGGAUACACAUGGACCUAGGCUCACAGUAAUCCUAAUACUUUGCCCGAAACUGCCGCCCGUUUGGGAAGAAAAGCAAUGCAUGUAUUUACGUGUUGGAGGUCUUCGUUGUGUAUCUCUGUUGGACCCAGGCCUUCGUGGGAAGGGGUCGAUUGAGCCUUCUCUUUUAGAUGGCCUUUUAGAUGUAAGGCUCAGAUUGUCCACAAGAGGUCACAAUAUCCUUCUUCUUAGUUGUCUGUUUACUUUCACUCGUUCUGGAAGUGGUCUUCUGAGGACGGCUAAUCAGCUGUGUCAAUGAUCCCCUGUGGAGUGAUGAGAGCAGUGUAGUAGACAAUGGUUUGAAGAGAGUAACAGGAUGGUCCCACUUAAAUUCACCUUCUUAGAUACAGUACUUAGAACAGCUACUCAGCCGUAACAUUGAUUGUUAGUGGAGGCAACUUUGUCGUCUUCACCUCGCGUUGAUUUUCAGGAUCGGGACCAAUAUGGACAAAAGCUGCAGCUUGAGGUCUGUCUAGUCUGAUCUGAUUAUUCUUAUCUCAAUCUUUUAUGCACUCUGGUAAAGAAGGGCGUUUCUGUCAUACUGACACACUCUCUGAGCUCCCUCAGGCGUGGCUAGUUACGAGGCAAAAGUAAUAUCAUCACUAUGAUUUUGUUAGAAAGCUAAAAUCACAUUUCUAUCUUCACGAAAACAUUGUCUUCCUUCUUGAUAUUUUCUACACAAUGUAAAGAAUGUAAACCUGAUAUACACAGUGUAAAAGCUCUUCAAGUCACAAUGUUUCUGUUAUAACGCCUUUAUACCAUUUUUAAUGACAUCACAAAAUAGACAUUCAUUUCCAUAUUCCAUUCCUCAUCAUUCCCAACUUUUGGAUGUUGAAAUAUAUUGUCCCAAUGUUCAUUGUUGGAUGUUGAAGUUUUUGGGCGGCAAAAAGUAUCUGAAACAAAUGCAUUCCUUUCACCAUACUAUAAUGCCAGAGAUAGAUUAUCCUCCUCUCUAAUUUAUGGCAAUAUUAAGGUGUCAAGACCGGCACAGCCCCCCUGUGGGUAAGUGGGUUUGGUUGUUGUCGGCCAUUUUUCAAGCUGAUGUGAGGCCUUUGAUCCUCACCCAGGGAGAGUCAUGACAACAGGAAGAAAUAUGUUGACUUGUACGUUGACAUGAAGCUCACCAAGUCGAUGCAGAGUCAGUUUGCAGACUUUGAGAAAGGCUUCCACAAAGGCUGCCCUACACAGGCAUGGAGGAUGUUUCUACCUGAGGAGCUUAUGACACUUCUACAAGGAGAUGACUACUACGAAUGGGACAAGUUGAGAGAGGUAAAAUUCCCCGUUUAGAUACAUAAUAAGAGUACAUAAUUCACUAUAAUUUGAAAUACCAGACUUUUUAGCUAACAUUCCACUCCAAAUGACAUGAGUGGCAAGGAGUGGAAUGUAACAGCUGAACAGAGACGGCAACCAGGCUAGCAGCUCUAUGCUCCCAGUGGUUAAAUCUUGUCCCAGACUGUUUGGGCUAUACGGUCUAUGGCUAUAAUACAGUGGCAUGGUCUACUGUACAUGCAGUUUCAUUAUGUUAUUUUUCUGCUACAACAGAAUGCCAAGUAUCCAGGAUAUAAGCACACCGAUGACAUCAUCCAAAACUUUUGGAGCGUUUUCACAGAGUUCUCAGAGGAGGAAAAUAAGAAGUUCCUAAGUGAGUUAACACAAUUAUGACUAACUAACUUUAAUGGGGCAAUCUGCAGUUACUACAUGCAUUUUUGGACUUAUAAAUUAAUGUACCCAUUGAUUCUUGAAGAAUUUAACUUAUUAAUGCCUCAUUGUCGUAUCCCAUCAGAACCCAAAUGAUAAGCUUUGUAAACAAAAUAAAGGUAAACAAACACUAUAUAGCCUCAAAACAUGGUUAAAGCUAUCAUUUUGGAUGGUCAGUCCUUGCAUCCAUGGCUCCGUCUAUGAAUUUGAGAGUGGUUACAUUUCUCCCAUCCUUCAGCUUUUUACCGAAACAGUGGCGUAGAGGACACUUUGUUAUUGUUUCAACUGCUGAUUGCCCCUUUAAGUAAAUAAGUGUAACAUAAUAGUAGCGCUCCACAAAUGCUUGGUCAGUGGAUAAUUAUUCUCCUCUCAUUUCUAACUUCUAGCUUUUCUAACUGGAACGGACAGACUGCCCAGAGGACGAAGUCUCUGCAAACUGCAGAUGCAAAUCACGUCUUUGGGCGGUACUGAUGCUGAUGAAUAUUAUCCGAAAGCACAAACCUGCUAUGUGACGUUAUGCCUCCCUAACUACAGCAGUAUCGACAUACUACAGGAGAAACUUCUCCAUGCUAUCACCCACUGUGAUGUGUUUGGAGAUUUUUGA